AUGUCGUCCCAAUACAGCAGGCAGAUUCCAGCAAACCCUGCUAGCGAGAAGGUUCCUGACACCGCAGCUCAAAAUUGCCAGGAAGUCCUCGAUAGCAUCUGCGGUCUUGACAAUAUUGCGCUCGAAUAUCUCAUCGCCUGUGCAACUGAGACCCACCCUGGCCUCCGCAUUCUCUAUUCCCCGCGUCACAGUAAAGCUAAUGAGUUCUAG